GACAUAAUCGCUUGCGGUUAGAGCCAGGUAGAAAAUUACACUUUUAAAAUUCUUUCAACUGUUCGAGCUGAGUUGGGUCCUCGGUUCGGUAGCCGAGGAGCCGCAGAGCGGGGACGCGGCAGGGGGAGCGGAGCGCCGCGCCGUCGACGCGCAUGCGUUCAGCUCUUUUUACUCAGCCGAUUGGACGAUCUUCUCUUUCAGACCUCAGUUAAUUGAGAACCAUCGCGGGUGCGUACCGUGUCGACAUGUGCCGCUUGCCAACUUUCUCGAGCAGUGAUGUGAUACGAUAUCGUUGUAUUGCUGCAGUAUACUUUUAAAAAUAUUGGAUUAUUAAAUUUUGUACUGAUCGUGACGGACUUGAAUGUGUGAAAAGUUAUAAAAUAAACAUGUUAUAGUGACUAAACGUAAAUUGGAUGGCGAUAAAAAUGAAGUGGUUAAUCGUGACUUUAAGUGUGAUGGUGUCGAAAACUAUUCUGGGAGGUGUCGCCCCUCCCGGAUCAUGUCCUGCAGUGUGUGCGUGUAAAUGGAAAGGAGGCAAACAAACGGUGGAGUGUGUAGACAGAGCUCUUAUUACAGUGCCGGAGCCGGUGGACCCCGCUACGCAAGUGCUCGACCUUUCAGGAAACAAUUUGCAGAUACUGCCACAGGAAGCCUUCGCUAGGACGGGACUUGUUAAUCUACAGAGGGUGUAUCUUCGUAACUGUAAUAUUGGCCAAAUACAUGAUAGAGCGUUUAAAGGAUUGACGAAUUUAGUUGAGUUAGAUUUGUCACACAAUUUGCUAACUCAGAUCCCAGCGAACAGUUUUAAAGAUGCUCCCUUCCUCAGAGAUCUCACCAUGGCUCAGAAUCCAAUAUUAAAAGUACAUUCUGACGCAUUGAAUAACCUCGGCAGUAUGGUAAAACUUGAUUUAUCUAAAUGCGACAUUAGGGAUAUAGCUGCUGACGCAUUUAAAAUGUUGCGCUCGUUAGAAUCCUUAAAGCUAAAUCAUAACAAAUUACGAGAUCUACCUUUGAACUCGUUAGAGAAACUAGACAAGUUAAGAGCAAUAGACUUAUCGGACAACCCGUGGACUUGUGAUUGUCGGCUGCGAGAGCUCAAAUUAUGGUUGGCGAAACAUAAAUUACUUUCCACCCCAAGUUGUUCCGCGCCCACGAGACUUGCAAAUAAACCAUUUUCAGAACUAUCCAUUGAGGAAUUUGCAUGUAAACCUGAAAUAUUGCCAUUCAGCCGACAUGUUGAAGCCACUAUAGGAGAUAAUACGACGAUAACGUGUAGAACGGAGGCAGUUCCUAGUGCUAAUAUCAAUUGGUAUUGGAAUGGAAGAUUACUUCAGAAUGGAACUAAUUUUAAUUCGCACCAAAGAAUUUAUAUCAUUGAAGAUGGUGAGGCAAAAAAGAAAUCAGUUUUAAUUCUAACUAAUACGCAAGAAUCAGAUUCAAAUGAAUUUUAUUGUGUGGCUGAAAACAAAGGUGGGAAUGCGGAAGCUAAUUUUACUGUACACAUCACACAGAUCGCGGCGGGAAUGGCAUCGUUGGGAAGCGCACAAAUAGCGAGUCUGGGUGCAGCUCUGUUUUUAGUAAUCGUCGUUAUAUCCUUGGUUUUACUCAUUACCUUUGUAAGGUUUCGCCCGACGCCGGCUUGCGAUAGUAAAACACCUAACACGUUAGAUAGGGUGGUUUCUGGAAACGAGGUUCAUCCGUCUGUCACUGAACGACCUCAAGUUGCUGUCCUUGCGAAUAGACAGGAAAUCGCCAAUUUUAGUGACCCUAAGUGCAAUCCGGUGUUGAAGCCACCUCGAGCUAAUGAUAUUCCGUAUACAACAAACCAUUAUGAAGGGAGAGGAAGUAUUGUAACGUCCGGCGGCCCCGUGGUAGUCUCUCCAACAGUGUCUGCUUCUAUAGAUCCAGAUCUUAUCAAUGACACAAGGCCUGACAGCAACACGCGGCCAGGAAGCGGAGAGUACGCACGCGAGGCUUCGGAUUCCCUAUAUCCAUCUGGUCUAUGGGAUCAAAUGAAAUUGAGUCAGGCUAACAACUUGUCUCGUACUGUCAGUUCUGCUAUUCCUGCUUACUAUAAUGACAGAACUCCAAUCAUAGAGAACAGCAGUGUAAAUGGGUCCCAGGAAGAACUCGGGUACAUGAGCCGUACAUUUCCGCGGUCGCACGCGAUGGCUGCGACUAACAUGGCAGCGCAGGCCGAUGGUCCCUACCCGCCCGACUACGGGCUGCCGGUGGGCGCGGGCGGCGCUCGCACGCUGCGCGUGUGGCAGCGCGCCCCGCCGGUGCUGCCGCCGGUGUCGGCGCUCAAACGUGUCCUAACCAUCACCAGGCCGUCUGCCGAUGACGGCUUCCAAGAUGGCUGUGCUACUGAUGUUUAAUAACAAACUAAGCCAGUGUUACAUAUCUAGAGGAUUUCUGUAAGAAUUGUAAAUUAUAAAAACUAGAUAUUCUGUACUUAAGGCAUGUGUAAUUAAUACCUACACAGGUUGUUAGUAUAAUAUUUUUUGUAUGAUAUAAUUUAUUUAGACAAAUAAUGGAAAGUUACAUUGGAUCCAAAAGUGAAAGAUCCGCGACUGAUUAGUUGAAGAGUGUUAGUAAGUGUAAAUUAUUAUGUGAUAACUGUAUGUAUCUAUUGUCUAUGAUCGCCAAAUAAUUAAAAUAGGUACCGAGUAUUAUUAUAUAUAUUGUAUGAUAAUUGUUGAAACCCAAGUAAGAUGUUACGUAAAUAUUAAAAUACCUAUUACUAUACAUAUGGAUGAUGUGCAUAAUUGUCUUAUCCAAAGACCUUAAAACAAUAGGAACAAAUAUUACUGUACUAUAAUCGAAAUGCACGAUUAAUGUUGUUUCAUGUACCUACAAUUAUAAAUGUGUAAAUUUUAUGUUGAAAAAAUAAGAGUUUUAGCAUUAAAAAAAAAUUAACCAGGCGAUUGUAAAAUUAAUGUUUUGUUUGAAUUAGUUUCACCUUAUUAUCAAUUAAAACACAAAAGUACUGUACACAUACCUUGAAUAUACAUUUAUGAGGUGAUCCCACCGUCCUUUACAUAAUAUAAUUUAAUUUAUUGGAAUAAAAGCAAUAGAUACAAAAAAACAGUUAGAAAAUGAUUAACUCGUUAAAGCAUGCAAAUUAUAAUUGGUUGCAAUACGAAAAUUUAGAAAGAAACUAUACAUCGACCCUGAAUAAAAUCUACACUACUCACCUAUAACUUUGUAAACUAUUGUCAUUAAGAUAACACGUGUAGGAAAUGUGAUAAUAUGAUUUUAUUACUAAGUUCAACACAUUACCCAAGUUUCAAUUUAUAAGGUUGAAUAGAUUUCUGUGUUCCAGGUGAUCUUAAAAAAACUCAGUAGAAAUCGAUUGCAAGGAGUGUCACUGUCGAGGCGACAAAAAAGGUUUAAAGGCUCGAGCUUACCACCCACCCGAAGAAAACCGGUUAACGUUACUUCAUUUCCGUUCAAUUCAGCUUUUUUUUAUUAGAAACUGAACGGGUUUGGUAGAACUGAGAAUUUUGUGGUGAGCGCAGUAGAGCAGCGCGGGUCUUGUAUGAGUAGUUAUUAUAUAGGAAACUAAAGAGUAAAGAUAAAAUCACUUAAACAAGGUGGCAGGCAUUUUUUAAAAUUGAUUAUUAUUAUUUUGAUUUAUAAUGGUGUUGAAGGAUUGGUAAGUAAAUGAUAUGAAAACUUCGAAGCGUUAUGUUAAAACAAAAUGGACUCACAUCUAAAUCUCCGGCGUCUCGAUACGUCUUUAAGGAUUAUAAAUCAGUUAUAAAGUUCGUAAUAAUGAUAUUAUCAUCUGUGAUCUCACCACACUGAAAUUAUAUUAUAAUUUAAAGAAUACUGAAAAGAUCAAACAAAAAUAUUCCUUUUAUCAAACUUUUGUGGUUCUCAGAGUUUUUCAUGUUACAUAAUAAUAUUAUGUAUAAUACUUAAAUACAGAUUGUCAUUUGUCACAUCUAAUAUUUAAUUUUAUUAAAUCUUUGUUAAUAUACUUACAAUAGAAAUACAUAUAUAUUAUAUUUCCGCGAUGAAUUCAUUAUUAAUUAUCUGCAUCAGGUUGUAAUUUUUGGUAGGACAUUAUAGGCAGCUAUCUUAACCGAUAUAGCUACAAGAAAAUGAUCUUUGAAACUUAGAACUUGUGAAUAUAUUAGUGACUGCAUAGAUUAAAAAAUAAUUACAGGCAGCAGAAAAUGGGCAAUUUAUGCAAAAACUUUUUUGAUGCCAAUCAAUCCUGCUACUUUUAAGGAUCAAAAGAACUCCAUACAUUUUGUACGGAAUACUACUCUAAUUCAAUUCAAUCAAUGCCGAUUUCAAUGUCUUUAAAAAUGAAAGAUAGUCUCCUAAGAAAAAUUUCUUGUACCUACAGCGGUAAGAUAGCUGCUGUUGUAUUCCAAAAAUCCACCUUGUAAAUCUUCCAAUGAAACAGUCCAAAAUAAUUGUAUGAGAACGAGCUAAGUAAUUUAAAAACUAUUUCAGAAAGUAAGACUGGGACAACUAAAUAAGCAACAUUUUGUAAGAACAGCAAUCUUAUUUACCUACCAUCAAUGGCUUUGCGCUUUCUUCUCAUAAAAGCGAGGACUUUCGCUGACAAUAAUGAUGUUUCGCCGUACGCAACAAUGCCAACUCGGGCACAGCGAUCUUGAUUGUUUAGCUAAAAAUUUAAAUUGUAUACAGUUUUCGAGGCGCGCUGGUACAUACGUUCGUUGACAUAUUUCGUUUCGUAUUUACAGUUCUAGACUUCAUCAAUGUACUUUUAAUUUUCCCCUUUGUUUUACGGCUUUGAUUGUGUUUUGUAGCAUUUCGCAUUUUAUCAUAUAGCGGUAUAAUCAUUUUCUUAUAAUUACUUAACAUUUUAUGAAUACAUGCAUGAAAAAAAUAUUGUACACUUCGUCAUAAAAGAAAAUAAAUACAAAUACAUAUAAAUAUUUUAAUCAGGAGACAAGAUAUUGCCAAAGUUAAUAUUGUAAGUUUAACUUUGUAGCAAAUAUCCACAACGCGUGUAAUUAUAACGUCGGAAGUGGUAUUAAAAAUUGACAGGACGAUGAUCGAUUCUUAUUGGUGUGAACAGUGUAAAGAGAAAUAAAAAACACAUUUGGAUGCAAAUCGCUUCCGGCAAGUGAAUCGCCGGCCGGGCGCAUGAUGUCGCCGAUGCCAAUGAAAAUUGAUUUUAUUUUAGCGUUAUUGACAACUUCUGGCAUAAUUAAACGGCGACUGAAUAUUUUCCCCUCUGAGUUAAAUGCCUCUCCUUUGUGAACUCAUUUUCAAUUUAAAUUGCUUUGGUUUCAAAUGUUUCAUGCAUUUAAAUUUUAAAUGUUUUAUGGAAGGCAGCAAAGUUACCUUAUUGACGUAAUGCUCUUAUCAACUAUAGCAACUAUUGUUAACUAUAGCAACUUAUUUAUACAAACGUGAAAUAAAGGUUGUUUUUAGCGUAAUAUAAUUUACAAUUAAAAUAUUACAUCACAUUUUUCUCGAAAGGUAAAAAAUUUAACAAAUUCUUGCGUAAAAGUUUUGGAACUGUACCCAUUAAAUUUCGUAACGAAGUUAUGGUCUAAUAAAAUUGGUUUAUAGUUACAAAAUAAUUUCUUUAAUUAAUUUAUUACACAGGGUGAUAGGUCUUUCGUUUAAAAAAACUCGUCUGAGUUGGCAUCACAACCUUGAGUUACAUUAAAAACCUAUUCUACAUUCUAAGUUAGUUAUUUUUUUGCCUAUGGUACUGUAACGUUUUGCGACUGUAAUGUCAAAGAAAUAAUUUGAUUUCAUUUCAUAUUUUGUGAAGGAAACGGUAGCGGAUGGUUGGCUAAUUAGCACGUGCGCUGGCCACACCUAUUAGGUAAAAAGUUCAUAAGUGUUGAAUAUCUGCAAUACAAAACCAAGUUUUCGGACGUAGUCAAUAUCGUCGACAGCUGAGAUCUACAUGACAAGAAAACUCUACGUUAGUAUUCUGUGAGACAGUGGUUGGAGCACCACGAUUGAGUUGGCUUAUUACACAGGUCUAAAACAAAAUUUCUUUUCUGGUAUCUGUUUCAAUGCUUGAAUUCUUAUUUCUAAACAUCGAAAAACAUUCGGAUAUCCAUUUUUAACUCUUAAAGUUUGUUUUUGUCUGAUUUAUGUUGAUAAGUAUGUUUUGAAAGUUUUAAUUGAUUCGUAUGAGGAAUAGAUGGUAGCACAUUGAUCAUCUAUAUUGCAAAUUGUGCAUUAUUUCAAACGGCACUAAUGAGUGUUUACUUGUCUAUUACUAUUACAGUUGUAACAACCGACUUUUAUGUCGUACUUAGUUAGAAUAUGGCACCAAGACUGUGUAAACAAGAUGUUGAUUCCUUUUGUUUUAUUUGCAGUGAAAUUUAUUAAAGUAUAAAGCAAAAAAUUGCUUUGGCAAUGAAUUUGAAGCUUUGAGAAGCUUAUAAGGCUUAUUAUAACCUCAAAAUACAGAAUCAAGAUAAGAAACGGCCUCACUUUGCUUUUUAAAUUGGAAAACAUAAUGUGAAAACGAAACCAAUAGUAGAGUUUAAAAUAUAUUGACGCCACCGUUACAUAUAAAGUUAAGUCUGAUGAAGCACUUUGUGAAAGCUCUACAUUUUGAGGCUUUUAAAUAUUUAAAGAGAUUUUUUUCCCAAAUUAUCUGAAGCUAAAGUUAAAGCGGGUAUUUUUGUUGGACCACAAAUAAAACAAAUAAUGAGCAGCGAUGAUUUCACAAAAUUACCUAAUGCUCAUGAAAAACAAGCCUGGGAGGGUUUGAAAGGAGCAGUCAACGGUUUUCUUGAAAACCACAGAGCUGACAAUUAUGAAGAGUUGAUUGAAACUAUGCUUGAAAGUUUUAAAUUGAUGGGCUGCCGAAUGUCCCAUAAACUCCAUAUGCUACAUGCUCACCUGGACAAAUUUAAAGAUAAUAUGGGUGCCUAUUCAGACGAGCAGGGAGAACGUUUUCACCAAGAUGUGAUGGGCUUUGAACGACAUUACCAAGGGUACAACGAGAAUAUGAUGGGAGAUUACAUGUGGGGAUUAAUACGAUAAAGCCUAUACAUACAUAAAAGAUUCACUAAAAAUAUUAACUUUUGAACUUGAUUUUUUGUUAUUUUCUAUUUGUUUGCUAUUACUAGUCAUAAUUUUUAUAUAAAAAAGACGUCCAAUAAAACACUUUACUUAUCGAAAUUUUAAAUAGAAUUACAGAGAAAAUAUAAAAAACAACGUUUUUUUUAAACUCCGUAAAAUUGCUCUAGUUUCUAU